UAUACAUACAAAUCACAAAGCAAGAAUACACAAUUUUUAAUCAUUUGAUUUGUAAUAUCAAUGGAGAGAGUGAACAAAAUGGUGUCGGAGAAGCCCAUUGUGAUAUUUAGCAAGACGGAAUGUUGCAUGAGCCACACCAUCAAGUCCCUCUUCUAUGAUUUUGGUGUGAACCCUACAAUAUACGAGGUGGACGAGAUAGCGUGGGGGAAAGAGAUUGAGCAAGCACUGCUGCGGCUGGGGGGAAACCAGGCCGUGCCAGCGGUGUUCAUAGGUGGUGAAUUUGUUGGUGGUGCCAAUGAGAUCAUGAGUCUCCACCUCAAGAGGUCAUUGAAGCCCAUGCUCAAAAGGGCAGGUGCAUUGUGGGUUUAAUAAUUAAUUAAUUGAUACCAUGGUGUUAAAUGUAGUACUAGUUUUUAUGGAUACUUAAGUAUAGUCGUAUAUGAGUCGACUAGGAUAUAAAUAAUCUGUGUAUUGAAGCUUUUUAUGCUUCCAAUUCUCCUAUAUAAAUAAUCUGUGUAUACUUCAACCUUUUUGUAUUGAAGUUGCACUAAGAGUUAUGAAACUAUAGUUUGAAUAA